GGGGGCUGAAAAGUGGUGCUUUUUGCGGCGUGGAUCUUAUUUAUUGCCUAUUUACCGGAAUAAAAACGCUUCUCUCUAUACACGAGACAGGCUUUGAAUAGUAACCACGAAUUUUCUCAGAGCAUUUGUUACGAUGGUGCAGAAGGGUCCACGACCGUUGGUGCUGUGCGGUCCGUCGGGGUCGGGCAAGAGUACGCUUCUGAAGAUGCUGCUGAAGGAGUUCCCGGACCGCUUCGGGUUCAGCGUGUCGCACACGACGCGGCAGCCGCGGCCGGGGGAGAAGCACGGCGUGCACUACCACUACACCAGCAAGGAGGAGAUGCAGGCCGCCAUCCAGCGCGGGGAGUUCCUCGAGACCGCCACCUUCAGCGGCAACAUGUAUGGCACCAGCAAGAGAGCAGUAGAAGAUGUCCGCCGCACCGGCAAGAUCUGCGUCCUGGACAUUGAGAUUGAGGGUGUGAAGCAAGUGAAGCAAACCGACCUGGAGCCACUGCUGGUGUUCGUGAUGCCACCCUCUGUGGAGGAGCUCGAGCGACGCCUGCGAGCACGGAACACAGAAAACAAAGCUGCCCUACAGAAGAGAUUGGAAACUGCCCGCAAGGAAAUUGAAUUUGGUCAAAUGCCAGGAAACUUCCACAUUGUCAUCUUGAAUGAUAAUUUGGAUAAAGCAUAUUCGGAACUACGCGAUUUUAUUGCACAGAACUUUGAAGAUAAAAAUGAAGGCUCCCAAUCAGACGUCUGCCCCGAGCAGUGAGCAGUGAGGCUGAUGCAUGCAGCAUGACCCAGUGUCCACACUCUCUCCGUUCACCCCAAUACAAGGAGAAAUAUAUUAUAGCAUUCACAUGAAUCACAUAAGAUGAGCGACAUUCCAAGAAUCUAUUCAAAGUUAAUCUACAUGAUUAUUGAUUAGUUGAAUCCUGAUAGAGAGAAUAUGAUUUGCAAAUAUUGAUGACUCCACUAUAUUUUUGUAACUAAUAUUAAUUAAUUCAGCUAUGGUUAACUUUGAAUAAUUCAAGUUCAUGUGAUUGUUAUAAUCAAUUGAAUUCUAAUUUAAGUAUUUGAAUGGCUAUGCAACUACAUUACUAAAUAUGAUUCAAUAUUUUUCUAAGCAUUGUUGUAGUCAAUUCACAAUGAGCCUAUGCUAUGUAAUAAAUAGAUUUUUAUCUAUAAUUUUCUGGAGCCUAUCCAUAACUUUGAGAGUGUCAAUGAUGGCAAAAAAAUAAGUAAGUACAAAACUUUGUUUAUAUUAUGGUACAUCCUUAUUAAUUCAAUGUGAAUUGACUAAUUUGUGAAUUAUUUAUUGUAACACUAGAUAUAGGAAUGUCAGUUAAGUUACCUUGAAGUCGGUAAGGUAGAUUUAUUGCAGUAUCUCAUACUUACCUCAUUUAUUAUAGGCACAUUCUAGGAUUUGUUCCGCUAGCAAGAAAGGAGAACAAAACAAAAAUGCAUUUUGUAAGAAAAUUAUGUGUCUUCAAGGAAAGUUACUUUUGUCGAAUAUAACCACAAUCUAACUAUAAAAGUGUAGUAAUUUGUCUACAUGCCUCUCGUAGGAAGCAACGUCUUACCAAAUAGCAAUUACAACAGUAACUAUAGUUAUUGUUGAUGACGCUCACACUGAGCAAGUUAUCACCAUGUUAUAGCUAGUAGACAUGCACAUAGGAUGAUAACACUGCCUGCCUCUGAACUUCAAAGUUAUUUAACUUAUUAUGCGCUUGCACAAAACAGGCGUAAAAUAGUUUUCACACUUCACUACAGUACCAGUCCAGGCUUAGCUUCUACAUACAAACAGUAGUACCUAAUGGAUAGUAAAUAAGUAGAAAGCUUGUUGUCACUAGCUGGUACGUACAUGGCUAUUUUUAAUAAAUCUCGAUGUUUGGCUAAGCCCUUACGUUUAAAGAGUAAAACUCUUAUAGGUGUCGUAGUAUAGUGCCGUUCAAAUAGUCAUAGCACCCAUAGCAGCUAAUGCAUAAUUAUUUUGAUGUUAUUGUUGUUAUUACCUACCAUAGGUAGGUUUAACGUAGGGUGUGUAGAACUAAAGUGUUCGUGUCUUUACAUAUUUUAUGGACCUAUACUUACCUUGUAUUUCUCGGUGUUAGUCUGUUGGCUAAAAUGCAUUAUAAAAUUAUAAUUGCUUAUAAACUUUUAACAAAGCUUGUCCUCAUCCAUGUUAGACUCUGGGAGUGUAAAUACACUCAAUAUGCUGCAUAGUCUAUGGCAUUAGUGGCCAGGUGGCCAGUUAUGAGUCUAAAAGAAAAAAAUAUUGGAUCCCAAAAUUUGUGCCAAAAUUACGAUAAAAGUACCUACAAGAAACCUACUCUCAUAAAUAUUCCCUGAUUUGGCCAGAGUAAUAGUGAUGAAAAUAUUUCGACCACAAAUGAUAGGAAUAAAAUACUUAAUUAAUUAUGUCUUUCUGUACUACGUGACAUCAUCUAUACUACACUUUAAACACCUUAACUAAAUAAGUACUUACACAUUCAUCUAAUGUCUACAUAAUUAAAACUAUUAUUUUUUUCUAGUUUUCCGUGGAUUUUGAAGUGACGACGAAUGGUUAUCAUUAGGUGCCUGUGCCUGCCUACCCAGUUAGAAACACCUAUGUUGGAUGUAUAUUAUUUAGGUACCUACUCUUUGUGAAGCUUAUUUACUUAUACUAACUGUAAAGUUUUCUAAAUCAUUCCAUACAAAAUCAACCUGACAACAAUUCUGUACCUAAGAACCUAUCUGUAACAUUUGAUACAAAUUUACCGAAUUCUAAAAUUAAUAUAUCUCUACAAUAUUUAUGGCCCUUUUCUAUUUAUGUAUUUAAUAAUUAGUUAAUUUUAUAUUUCCGAGCUACUAAGUAGUUAUAAUUAUAAACAAUGUGUAAUUGUUGUCGAUGUCAAAUAAACGUUUAAAUUCCCA